CGUAUUCUGACUGACUGUACCUCUGCGUCUGCCGCACGUUCGAGGCACCUUCACUUUUGCUCCUCCUCCUCGUUCUCCACUGCAGACCAAGCAUCACCAGCUCUUCCUUUUUUCUCGGCCCCUCCUCCUCCGCCGCCGGCGAGCUCCUCCGGCGACCAUGGAGAAGAACCCCUGCCAGUGCUGCUGCGGCUUCAUCUUCACCUGCGGGCUCUCGGCUCUCUUCCUGUGGCUCACGCUGCGCGUGUCCAAGCCCAGCUGCUCCAUCCGCCAGUUCUACCUCCCGGCGCUCAACAGAUCUUUGGACCAACCCACGAACGCCACCAUUUUCAUGAACGUGAAGCUGAGCAACGGCAACAAGGAGAAGGGCAUUUACUACGACCCCGUGAACCUCACCGUUUUUUACUACGGCGAUGCGAAUCGGACCAAGUGGUUCCAGACCAUUCCUAAAUUUUACCAGGGGCACCAGAAGACGGCCAAGAAGGAUGCGAAUGUGGCGACUUCUGGGGUGAAUUGGACGGUUGUUGUGGCCAAGAACGAGUCUUCGGUCUUUAGGGUGGAUUUGGCCACUACAGUGAGGUUCAAGAUCAUGGUUUGGAAGACCAAGAGGUAUAAGGUAAUAGUGGGUGCUAAUGUGACUCUCAAUGAUCAGGGUGCUAAGGACACCGGCAAAAAGAACAAGGAUGUCAAACUAAAGUCCGGGGUGGGUAAGAAUUUAGGGGGUUGUUUCUUUUGGCAGGCGGGGACUUCUGUUGUUGCUUUAGCUUUGAUUUUGCUUGACUAAGGGCUGAGUCGGACUCUCCCUUGUGUGAGGAAGGUUGAGAAUGGGAUUAAUUUUCUGGUAUUCCUGGAUAGUGGGCAGUGCUGGUUAGUGUUUGCAUUAGAAAUGAGUGCUGGUUAGUGUUUGGAUUUGAAAUGAUUUAUUUAAUGGAAGAGUUAAAAAAAUCAUUGGUUUGGGAUGGUUUCGUUGAAUGAAGAUUUGGAUGAAUUAUGGUGUUUGGUUCUUAUGAUAUGUAGACCUUAUCCUUCAUUACAUUGAGUUCUUCGGGCUUGUUCA